UCGCGAAUAGUAUCGUGUCGACUCUGCGUGAGCAAACAGUGCGUGUCAGGCGCGGUUCGGAUUUUUACCUGAUCGAUAAAUCAAUCCGACAGAAGAUCAACGACGACAGAUAUGAGAAUCAGGACAUUCCUGAUCACAGUGAUUGUGAUUCUGCUUAUCUUCGCGAAUACCGAUGGACGUAAAACAUCCGGUGGUGGACGCAGAAGUGGAGGAUCAACAUGGACUUCUCGAAACCGAGGUGGAGGUGGAGGAUCUAAUACGAGAACGACGCAACGACCUCGAAAUACACAGACGAGUAGUUCAACGGCGAGAAAUAUAGGAUGGAACGUACCGUCAAGUAACAAUAAUAAGGCGGCUAGUACCAAUGUUAAGCCUUCGGCUCCAGUAUCUGAACACGCCUCAAAAACCAGUGCGACGAAUGCGCAAUCAGGAUACAAUCCGUCAGCGAAUAACCCGCCACCGUAUAGCCCGUCGGGUGGAUAUUCUAAGCCGGCUAAUAAUCCUUACGGAGGCUCAGGCUACAAUCAAGGAUACCCGUCGCCCAACAAUCCCUCGUAUCCUGGAGGCCAUGCGCCGUAUGGCCAAGCUUACAACCCGUCUAUGCAUCAUAAUGCGCCACCAGCCUACAGUCCGCCUUACGGCGGGCAACCUUACGGCGGGCAAUCUUACGGCGGGCAAUCUUACGGCGGGCAUCCUUACGGUGGGCAGUCUUACGGAGGACAUCCUUACGGCGGACAAUCUUUCGGCGGUUUCGGACAGCCAGCCGCCAAUCCGACGUACGUUCAGCCAGCUAUCGCACAAGCGCCGGCGCUCACCGUUCUCCAGCCGAGCCGACCGGGUAUCGGCCAACUGGCCAAGGAAGCGUUGGUCUACUCCAGCGUGAGCGCUGGAGUAAGCGCAGCUGUGAACAGACUGCUGCCAGGUGGAAUCUACGGUGGAAGUUCGGGAAGCAGUCACGGCGGCGGCGGCAGCAGCGGCGGCGGCGACCGUCACACCGAAAUUACCUACAACAAUUACUAUUACAAUCAAUCGACUCCGGCGAGCGGGGAAGCGGCUGCCGUGAAUAACGCCGCGGCGCCUAAUGCUGCCGCGCCUAGUCCUGCAGCACCGGCCCAGCCAGCGGCCCAGCCACAGGCCGUGGCGGAGCCAGAGAAGAAAACCGAAGCUAGCGCGCCUAACAACGCCGCUCCGCCUAACCCGCCGAACGGGCCGAGUCCGCCGAAUUAUCCAAUUUCUAAUGACGAUAUUAAGAAGCUGACGGAGAAUCUUUUCGAGAUGGACAAGAACAACGCGUACAAGUACAUCACUGUGAACCUGCAAGGCGAGACGAAGGAGGACAGCACCACGGACGACGCUAUGUUGCCCUUGCUAACCGUCGCAUCUGAAGCUUAUGAAAUUCCGACGAUUAAGAACGUGUUGGCGUUAUACGAUAACUAUGAGUUGGAUGUCAAGAAAAAGGAAACCGUCACGCCCGAAGAACGUAAGGAGGAGUCCGAGCUGCUCGACAAAUUUGUGGAGACCGACGUGUUUAAGACAGCAAUGAAGUUUUUGGUCGACAAGGAAUUCAUUCCGAAUGACGAGUACGAGUUCAAGGACACCCUGAGACGUAUGUGGUUCUCGCAGUUCCAACGAGUCGAGGGUGAGCCGUCCAGUUCCGGCUUUGAGGCGAUAUUCUUGGCGGAGAAACUCGACUCUUAUAUGAUCGGACCACAGAGUUGGAUUUACUACGCCAAACAGGAAGCGCAAAAGAAUAUCGACUAUCGCGGAUACAUCAAGGACGUCAAACUUGGAGACAAGGGAGAGGCCAUCAAGAUACGAACUGCGUUUAACAUACCUGACACGAAGCACUCGGUCACAACCCUCCUCGUGGGUCUCUCGCCUGAGUUAGAGAUGGCACUUUAUACUGUAUGUUUCUAUCUUCGCCCGAACGACGUUUGCCCGGUUUCAUUGGGCGGGAAGGAAGUUCUGUUAGUCUCGACCAGAUUCAACUACUUUGGCAAAGAUAUCUUGAUCGCCGGCUUCAUCGCGGGAUGAAUUUCAGUUUAAAUUCGAGUUAUUCUGAUUCUACAUAACUUUGACGUUUAAAUAUUCAAGUAGACACUUUCUCUUCCUUUCUCUCUCUCGCUUUCUCUUGGAAAAGAUACAAUUCAAUUGGAUCUUAUACGUUAAAACAACUCAGAAUAAAAAGUAUUUAUGUAGGUA